AUGGUGGCCACAGCAGACUGUACAUACAGAGUAUUGGUAUGCUAAUACAUGAAUUACAUUUUUUUUUUUAACUCAUCAUUUCAAAAGUAUUAUGUGAAUUCAAUUAAUUCUUUGUUAUCUAUGCUAAAGACCAACAAUAAAAUAUUUGGCCUUUAUAGUUUCUCCGGCAACCAUUCUAAAAAUUCCAAUUCAUUAAUCGAAAACAAUAUAAGACUUUGAAAAUUUUAAACCACUAUAUUUCAGCAAAAUAAAUAUUUCUAUUACCACUAAAAAAUUAAUACUAAAUGCAAAUAACUCCACCAUUCUUUAAUGACUUUUCGGUCAUUUAAUCUAAUUUCAAUGCAUUUGGAUCCCUUAUUUUAAAAUUUGG